AUGGACGGUGGUCGCAGAGCGGCGAAAAAGCCAGCUCCGAAGAGCAAGCUGGUGGUCAGCCGUGCCAAGUAUGCUUCCUCUGCCGAUCCGGCCUCCCCCACAUCCGCCUCCCCAUGGGGAUCUCCGCCAAUGGACCCUGUUUCCGCGGCCCCCCGCCGCAGCCCAGAUUCCUCCGCGCGCCCGCUGCAGCUGGGGGGGCGGGGAGGACAAGCGAGCAUUGGCGGAGGUGGUGGUAGGCUGACCGGAGGCGGGGGCGGGAUAGGAGUGGGGCUGGGGGGAGGGGCUGGGCGGAAGGGGUGGUCAGGCCCGCAGGGGAACGCGGGGAAGGGGAGGGACGGCGGGGGAAAGGAGGGAUUUGGGGGGUGGGAUGAUGUGGGCGGGGGGUGGGAGCCGGAUUGGGAUGACAUACCAGACGCGGAGGGACUAUCCGGGGGGAGGGGAGAAAGGGGUAUAUCAGUGCGGGGGAUGGGGGCUGGGCGCACGGGGAUAGAGGGGCGGGGACGUGGGGGAAGCGACGUAUCAAGAGGGGGUUUUCUGACCUAUUUCAGCAAUAGGAGGCGGCUGAUCGCGUUGGCGUGCAUGGCGCUGCUGGUGCUAGGCCUUGCCGGGGGCGUGUAUUGGCUGCUGCUGGGGCAUCAGGCGGAGGUAGAUAAGAAUAGUCUGUCUCGAAUGCCCGAGCCGAAGCUUGGUGAUAGGGACGGGGAGGCGGUAGGAGGAGAGGCGAGGACGGACGGCAGCGUUAGAGUGGGCGGGGAAGGGGACGCGGGGAACGAGAGUGGGGGAAGAAGACCGGGGGAGGCAGGUGUGGAUAUGGGGGAGCCAGUCGGGGGAGAAGUGGAGGGGGGGCCGGGUAUGGGGAGGGACGGGGAUGAGAGGGAAGGGUAUGGAAGGGAUGAGGGGAUGCGAGGAAGUGGUCAAGGAGACGGGAGAGAGGUGGCUGGGGAGUGGGAGGAGCGAAGGGAUGGAAAUAAAGGUGCUGAUCAGGAUGUUUCGAUGGUAGAAACGAGGGAGGAAGUGAGAGUGGAAGACGCGGGAGGUGAGGCGAGGGUGGAAGAGAUAAGGGAAGUGGAAGAAAGGAGGGGAGAAGGGGAGCCGGGUCGAGGGGAGAGGGACGGAGAUGAGGAGGGGAGGGAGGAGCGAGUGAGAGAGGGAGGGGGGGAGGAAGGCGCAGGGGAGGAGGCGAUGGGAGGGGACUUGGGCAAGGGCGACUAUGGCGAUGAUGCAGAGAGGAGCAUGGUGGAAGACGUGUUGGAUCGAGAGAGAGCAGACACAGAGAGGGAGGGUCAACCGCAUGAAGAAGAGGAGAGAGUGGAUCGAGAGGAUGUUGAGGGGGGGAGAGAGAGUGUGAAGGCACGUGCAGAGAUGUCGAGGGGUGUGAGGGAGGGCGAGAUCCUUGAGGGUGGUGUGGGGGAGGGGGAAAUGGCAGAGGUUGAUGUGGGGGAGGACGUACCUGAGCCUGAUGACGCGCAGGCAGGAGGGAGGGUCGACGGGGGGCCGAGAGAGGGAGAUGGGGAAGAGAAAGGAAGGGAGAUUGCAGAGGAGGGAGGGUGGAGGGGGAAGGGUAGAGAGGAGAGCGAGGAGCGGGACGGAGAUGAGCGAAAUGAGGAGGGGGAGGGUGGGUAUGGGGAGGGAGAAGGGGAAGUUAGGAAGGUAAGAAUAGGACGUGGGGGGCGACGUGGGAAGGGUGAAGACGAGGGGGAGGGGGAGGGAAGAAGAAAGAUCGGGUUUGCAGAAAGAAGAGGUGAGGGCAUGAGAGAGAGUGUGGAGGAAAGGGAGGGUGAGAAUGAGGAGGGCGACUAUCAUGUGCGUGAGAACGAUGGCUCAGGGAUGCAAGGAGUAGAAGAAGCGGAUGAGCUUAUAAUGGGGAUGGGAGGCGGUGAGAGGCACAUGAAAAGAAAGAAGCGAGGUGUGGAAAAGGAGGGCAGGAAAGGACAGAGGAGAGUGGUGGAGGAGGUUGAAAGUGACAUGUACGAUGGGGAUAUAGGAGAGGGGGGAGAGAUGAAGGAGGAGGAUGGACAGGAGGAAGAAGAGAGGAGGGCAAUUGCGAUCGAAGAGAGUAGGCGCAGGGGUGCGGAGGUGGAAGAGGUGGUGGAGGAUGAAGGAGAGAGGGGAGACGGUGAGGAGAGUGAGGAAGAGAGCAGGGUAGAGCAUGGAGAAGGGUUUGGAGGGAGGGGUGGAGGUGCGAAGGAUGAAGUUUCAAGAGGGGAAGACGUGGAAGAGGAAAGGGAAAUCAAAAGAGGAGGUAAAAAACCAGCGAGAAUUAGGGCUUUAGAAGACGAGGGAGUGGAGGACGAGGAGGAAAGCGGUAGUGGGAGGAGGAGGAGAGGGGAGAUGGAAGAGUAUGGCAAGGACUACGGAGACGAGCAGAGUGCGGUCAAGAAGAGGAAAGGAAGGAGUAGUACGGGUGAAAGUGAGGGGGAAGAAGAGGUUAGUGAGGGUGGGAGGAGAGGGAAGCGAGGUGGACGAGGCGAGGAGGUGGAGGAGGAGGAGGAGGAGGAGGAGGUGGGAGAAGUGGAGUCUUCAGGUGCAGGGAAGAGGAGGGGAAGGGUGGGGCGGCGGAGAAAGGUACGAGAUGAGUUGGAGGGAGAGGGAGGAAGCGAGGGAAGGCGCGAGGAGGGCAGUGAGGGCGGUGUGAGAAAGAACAAGAGGCGGGUUGGCUCGAGUAGUACUGUGAAGAAGAAGGUAAGGGCGAGAAAAGGAGGAAGAGGGGCAUCUGGGGUGGGAGAUAAGGACUUGGCAGCACUGGAGCAGCAGCUCGAUGAAAUGGAUGAGAUGAUUCGAGAUGCUGGUGGCGAGGAGGAGGAGGGGGCGGGGGCGGACGGUGAGAAGGAACAGGACGAGGAUGGAGAGACGGACAGAGGAAAGGGUGCCGGUGAGCGAAGGAAGGGAAGGAAAAGGCGAAUGGAUGAGGAAGGAGAGGUGGAGGAAGAGGGAGGUGAAGAGGUGAGGAGAGAGGUAGAUGGGGAAGGGAGGGGAGAUGGUGUGGGUAAGAGCAGAAAGGGAAGGAGAGAAGGGAAAGAGAAAGUCAGGAGAGUGGGAAUGGAAGCAGAUGAGGAAACAGAGAGAGAAGAAGGCAUGAAAGAGAAGGAAGGAGGCGAACAGGAUGAAAGCGUGAAUGAAGACGAAAGUGGGGAGAGGCGAGAGAAGGGGAAAGCGGGUGGAAGAGUGAAGGGAGAUGAAAGACAGGAGGGUGGAGAGGACGAGGAAGAGCGGGUGAAUUCUAGCAACGUGGGGAAAGUGAGGGAAGAUGAGGAAGAAGGGAAGGAUGCAGUGGGGGAAGUGGAGAAAGCAGAGAUGGAGGAUGAAGAAGGGAGAAGCGAUGAAAAGAGGGUAAGAGAGAAAUCCGAUGAAGAGGACGAGAGUGAGAAAGGAACGGAAGUUGGCGAGGGGGAAAUGCGAGAGGAGAGUUCAAGAAAGCAGGUGAAUGGGAGACAGGAGCGUGUGAGAGAGGAAGGUGUGGAGCGCGGUGCUGAGGUUGGGGAGAGUGAGGGAGGAGAGGAGAGGGAAGAAGUGGUGAAAAGGAAGAAAGAUUCACAGGACGAUGAAUCAGAGGAGGAGAGUGGGAAAGGGAGGGUUGAGCAGGUGAGGGAGGGGACGGAGGAAGCAGAAGAGGGUGAUGGCGAGGGAGAGAGGGAGCAAGGCGGUCGUGGGCGUGGUGGGAAUGGUGCAGUGAGGGAUGGUGCUCUGAGGAAGAAAGGAAGAGACAGAGAGAGCGAAGGAGACAGUGAGGGAGAUCGUGAGGCAGAGAGCAAGGAAGAGAGCGGGGGAGAGAGUGAGGAAGAGAAGGAGGGAGAGAGGAGGGAGGGUGAUGGUGAGGAUGCUGCUGUGAGUAACAGAUCUAUGAAGCGAGGUGGAAGGAAGAGAGUGAGUAGGCCUGAGGAGAGUGAGGAAGGGAGGGAGAGAGGGCGAAGGGAUGAUGAUGAUGUUGAACUGGCGGAGGGCGAGAGUGUAGGGGUUGGCACUAAGCGAGAAGCACGGAGAGAAUCGGAUGAAGGGGGUAGAGAGGAGCAGGAAGAGACGGGAGAAAGGGAGAAGGGAGGGGAACGGGAGGAGAAGGAGGAGGGGAGGGAGGAGGAGAAGGAGGAGGGGAGGGAGGAGGAGAAGGAGGAGGGGAGGGAGGAGGAGAAGGAGGAGGGGAAGGAGGUGGCACGGGAGGAGGAUUUGGAGCAGCUGGGCGUGCAGCGCAUGCGAGUGGAGGUGGGUGGAGAGGCGAGGAUUGUGGAGGAAGGCGAUCAGGCUGCUGUAGCAGACCCCGUCGUGGAGAUUCUGGGGGCGCGGGAGGGGCAGGUGGGAAUGGGCGAGGCGGAGGGGAGGAGAAAAGGCAGAGGAGAGGAGGAUGGGGAAGAAGAGACGAAAAGUGUGGGUGAAGGUGCGAAGUGGUUGGGGAAGAAGGGUGAGGGAGAGAGAGGAGAGCAAGGGGAAGAGCUAGAAGAGAAGGGUAGUGGAGAGGGGAGUGUGAUUAAGAGGGUGAGGAGGACUAGGGGUGGAGGAGAGGAAGAGGUGGAGGAAGGUGAUGGGAAGGUGGGAGGUGAAGCGAGAGAGGAAAGGGAGAAUGGCGGGGAGAGGCGCGGCAAAGGGGAAACAGAGGAUAUGGAGGAUGGAGAGGAGGGGGAACCGGGCAAAGUGGGCCGAAAGGAGGCGGAUGGAAAGAGAGAGGAGCAGGAGGAUGGGGAUGGCAAGGAUCGGCAGCAAUCAGGAGCGAAAGAGAAAGGGCAGGAACAGGUGGAUGGGAAGGAGGGGGGUCUGAGUAUGGUGGUGACGAAGAGUGGGAAGGGACGAGCCAGCAAGAAAGAAGAUGCGGAUUCUGAACAGGGUAGUGCAUUGGUGGAUGCUGGUACGAGGGGCAAGGUGCGGCAAGAGGAAGCGAGUGCUGUGGGAGAGGAGGAAGGCGAAGGAGACAGAGAGGUGAAGGGAGAGAGUGAAGCGGGUGAUGAUGCGAGGUGGGAGAAGUUGGAGAAGGAUACAGAGGAAGGAGUGAAGGAGGAGGAGGAGGGGAAGGGGGAGGAGAAGGAGGAGGACGAAGGGGAGGAGAAGAAGGAAGAAAAGGUGGAGGCGGGGGAGAAAGGAAAAGGGGAGGAGAAAGAGGAGAGAAAUGGGCUGAAGGAGCAGGAGAGGGAGGUUGUUAAGAAGGAAGAUGAGGGGAUGGAAGGUGGGGGGAAGACGGAUGAGGGGAAGGAGAAUGAGGGGAAGGAGGAUGAGAAGGAGAAUGAGGGGAAGGAGGAUGAGAAGGAGAAUGCUGAAGGGGAAAGUGAUGCUCCAGCCAAGAAAGAUGUGGGAAGAGAGAGUGUGAAAGAGCAAGAGUCGAGUGGUGAUGGGGCAAAUAAAGAGACUGAGGAGAAGGAAGAAGGGGUUGAGGAAUAUAGAGAGGAGAGACGGGGCAAGGUGGGUUUGGUGGGAGGAAGGGGUGGUGAGGAGGUGGACUCUGAGAAAACUACGGACGGGAGUGGUUUGAGGAGUGAAGAUAACGUCAAUGGUGACAAGAAGGGCAUACGGGAAGUGGUGGGUGCAACAAUCAGGGAGGUGACGACAGGGGCAGGAGCCACACCUGAGCAACCACGAGAAACAGCAAAGGCAGGGGCAGAGGCAGGCGCAGAAGCGGGAGGAGCAGGAGGAGGAGGAGCCGGGGCAGGGGAAGCAGGAAAUGCUUCUGUGGCUGGAGCUGCAGUGGAAGCUGGUGCAGCAGCAACAGCAGCAGCAGCAACAGCAGCAGCAGAUGGCAGCAGCAGUGUCCGCAGCAACACGAGUGUUACCGCUGGGGACUCCUCUGAUACUACUUUGCACCAAGGUGCUGAUGGUGAGGUAGGUGGUGAUGAGAGAGAGAAUGCUGGUGGGGUUGCUGCUGGUGCCGCCGUUGCUGGUGCUGUGAAAGAGAGUGGGAAGGAGAGCGGGGAAAGUGCGGAGAACUCUGCAGCUGAUGGGUCCGUGGCUUUGGCUGCUAAUGAAGGUGGUGAUUCUGCUGCUGGUGCUGGUGCUGAUGGUGCUGCUGGUGGGGAGAAUGAAGGUGGGGAAGGAGGGGGUGAGGAGGUGACGAAAGGCAAGAAGAAAAAGCUCAAGGAUAAGAAGGAGAAGAAGAAGAAGAAAAAAAAAAAAAAGAGCACGACCUCUAAGGCGACAGGUGAUGGGAUGGUUGGAGGAGAGGGGUUGGAUGAAGAUGUGGCUUCUAGCGUGCCAAGCAGCAGCAGCAAAGAAGGAAGCAGCAGCAGCGGCAGAAGCAGAGAAGACACAGAUAUUGCAAUGCGGGAUGCAAGUGCUGCAGGUCCCAGCACCACACCAGCUGCUGUCACGGGUGCUGCUGGCUUGUUGCAGACACAGGGCAGUGAUGGGGAUAGGGCAAAGGGAGCAGAGGGAGUGAGUGCAGGUGGAGAGGAGGCAGGCGGAGAGGGGGCAGGCAGGGACAAGGGAGAGGAGAAAUUGAGUGGUAAGCAUGGGGAUGGGGAUGGAGAAGGAGAGGAGAGAAAAGGUGGUGAGGUAGACAUGGGCAAGGAUGCGGUGGGUAAAGCAAAGGCACAAUUGGGUCAUGAGAGUGUGGAACAGAGAGAAGAUGCAGAAACAACAGGAGGAGGUGGGAAGGUGGAGAAGCAAGAGACAAAAGAAGGGGACAAGAGCCAGGUGGGGGAGUCUUUGGCAACGGGAAAGACAAAGAAGAAAAAGAAGACGAAAAGCAAGGUGAAGAAGGUAAAAGAGAGCAGUGGGAAGCAGGGAGAAGAGGAGAAUGUGACUGGAGGAAGCAGCGAGCAUACGGAGGGCGCAACAAGCGGUGAUUCAAAGGGUGAUGGCAGCAAGACUGGUGCGGGGAAUGGAGAAAAAGGACCUGGCAGUCAGGAAGAGGGAGGAAGAAGAGGAGUCGGGGAGGAGGAUGGAGGAGUGGGGGCGUCAGGGGAAGGUGUUGGGAAGCAGCAUGUGGCAGGUGGUGAAGGUGGUGGUGGGGAAAGCAGCGACGGAAAGGGGGAGAGUUCGUUGGUGGGAGAUGGUGCGGCUGGCAAUGAUGGCUCACAAGCUGUGGAGGGGUCCAAGAGAAAGAAGAAAACCAAGAAGAAGAGCCGCAAGUCCCUGGAAUCGUAG